UCACAGAUAAAUAUAAAAAAAUGAAAGUGAAAGAGUUCAGAAAUCUUUAUAUGCAAGGAGAGUCCCAGAAGGAGCAGCCUCUAGAACAGGAGAGAGAUUCUCAGGGACAGUUCAGCUAUGGAACAUAACCAGCUCAGAGACAACAUUCAGAACUUCAGUCUGAACAAUUGUCCUCAGGGGAACCAGGGCUACAACCGGGUCCUACUGCAGCUGUUUGGGUUAGUAGGUCACGGCAAGUCUGCCCUCAUCAACUCACUCAAAUAUGUUCUGUCUAAAGGAAAUUUUAAAGUUCACGCUGACUCAGGGAAUAUAAUAGGUGGUGCUAAGACCAUGGAGAGAAGAGCCUAUGAACUCACAUCAACCAUCACAGUUGUGGAUAACAGAGGACUUGCAAAAAUGACUGACCUUGAGAUGAGAAUGAUUUAUGCUCAGUUGGGUAACUUUAUGCCCCUUAAUGAGAAGGUGGAAUGGAAAGAUGGUUAUGAAGACUUUAUAUACAAGCUAGAGGAUUCUGAGUUGGACCCAAAUUAUACAGACUUUAUAGUUCCGGUGUUUAUUUAUAAGGUACGGGCUGCAUUGCCAGAGCAGGUGAUGUCACAAAUUAAAGCUUUUUUUAAAAUCUGCCGGGACAUGACAGGUGUUUUCCCAAUUGUUGGCCUCACUUUCAAAACAACUGGGAAUUAUUUUGAGGUUGAAAAGGUGUUUAGAUGUUUGGGUGCAGAGGUGGUUGUGGCAGUGGAGAACUACUCUAAAGAGGAUCAGCUACAGACACUGGGGAGAAAUACAGAUUUCCUUACACUACUCAAACAUGUCUUGGACAAUGUCAUGUUCCGGAUGGAGCACCCAAGGAAACCAAAGGAAGACCGUAUACAGAGAAAGAAAAUUCUGAUUAAAUAUAGUCAUGACUUUGAUGUCACUGAGAAGAUAAAGGCAUUGAAAAUAAACCAAAAGUCAGAUAAAGCAGAGGAACAUGAGAAGGAGUUGGAGACUUUGAGACAAGAAGCUAGAGAAGCUAGAAGACUGGCUGCAGCAGCAAUGAAACAAGUAGAAUGUGAUACAGUUAGUAGGAGGCACAGGAAUAGAAAAGGUGCAUGCAAAAAUCAAUGACAAAUAAUUUAAAACUGUCUUUAAGACUUAAGAAGUCUACAUAAAAAAUUCAGCAUUUCGUAUGAUAGUAUCAGCAGGGGCAUAGUUACUUCGGAAGCAAACAUUGUGACUGUAGGGGGCUCCUAAAAUAUAUAAAAUCAACACAAACACCUAGGUGUUUAUGUUAAGUCUAAAAGUGUCAUAGUAAUUGUAGUUACUGUAGGGUUUAUGAUUAACUUACAAGGGACCUGUCACCCAGACAUAAAAACCUGUAUGAUUAAUGUCCUUUUCAAAUUAAACAUAAAAU